CACGUGCUUAACGAUACAACCGAUUUAUCUGUGCACGUGCAUUUUAAAGCAAUACUUUCAGAAAUAUAUAAAAUAUUAUAAUUACCAGAGGACGCCACUGUUUCGACCAGAUGUGAAAGUUCGCGGGACGAAUAGCAGAACGGCUCCUGCCCAACCUUCGUCAAGUCACCUGUUGCAUAAGUUUAUGAUUUUUGUACUCAGUUUCUUGCCGAUCUAGUCUACACUCAGAUUUUCAACAGCGACGAUUUCUUAUAGAAUUCAUAAAACAAUUAUCAAUUUUCCAGGUUUAUAAUUAUUUUUUUUUACCAUGUCUUUUAUCGAAGUAUCCGCUGAUAGUCAUUUUCCAAUUCAAAAUUUACCUUAUGGCAUUUUCUCUACCGCUGGUAAUGAACAACCAAGACCUGGAGUUGCUAUUGGAGAACAAAUUCUUGAUUUAUCAGUUAUAAAACAUCUUAUCAAUGGACCUGUAAUGAAAGACAAGCAACAUGUGUUCUGUGAAACCACACUAAAUUCUUUCAUGUCACUGGGAAAAGCCAACGGCACCCAACAAUGUCAUACGCCGAUUAGACGACUGCGUGAUUAUACUGAUUUUUAUUCUUCUCUUGAACAUGCAACUAAUGUUGGUACAAUGUUUAGAGGAAAAGAAAAUGCUUUAAUGCCUAAUUGGAAAUAUUUACCAGUUGGAUAUCAUGGGCGAGCUUCUUCAGUUGUCGUUUCAGGAACCUCAAUUCACAGACCACAUGGACAGACAAGAACUGAUGAUAGUAAGCAUUUUGCUUAAUUAGUCAAUAUUUAA